AUGGAAAUGCAAUCAGUCAAGUUCCCUACUGAAUGUUGCCAUAUUGUUGGUUCAUGUUAUGGAAUUAUCUGUCUCUACGGCAGAAAAAAGAUCCCAUCAAUCACCUUAUGGAAUCCUUCUAUUAGGUGCAAGCUAAUUGUUCCUAAUGUACCACUUGUAAAUGUGGCAUUCGGGUUUGGUUAUGACCCAAUCACAGAUGAUUUCAAAAUCGUAGGUAUCUCUGUUGAACCUGUACAAACUUCAUUUAUUUACUCCAUGAAGAAAAGUACUUGGAGUGAGAUUGCUCUCCCUACCCCUUUGCCUUAUAAUGUCAAGACAUCACCUUGCUUAGUCAAAGGAGUUUUGCAUUGGGUGGUGCAAAAUAAAUCGCAGCAAGCAAACCAAGAUGCUUAUAUAAUAACAUUUGAUCUUAGUAGUCAUGUUUUUGGCGCUAUUUCCUUGCCAAAACCUAGUUGGAUAAAUAUCAGGCUGACAGUCAUCAAAGGUUCUCUAGCUGUAAUUUCAGGUUAUAAUGCUAAUAGGUGGAUAUGGGUGAGGACCAACGUAUCUUGGUCUAAACCCUUCAAGUUUACAAGUAGUGGAAUUGAAGGAACGGAUAGAGUUGUCCAACAUAAGAAUCACCUUGAGGAUUCGGGAGUGUCUUACACAACUGAGAGUUAUUCAGAUUCUUCUUACAUAAUUGACAUUGAUUUUGGUGCGGAAAGCCUUGAGUUGUUGGAUGGGGAAACUUGUGACCAGCCAUAUUUUCUGUGGAGGCUUUAG